UGCUGGUCGGUCUCCUGGCCUGCUUUUUGCUCGGUUAUUUUUUCCUGGAGUCCUCUCUGCGCCUCUCUCGGUCACUGCCGUCUGCAUCUCCACCCCAUCUCUGUCUCUGGAUUCCCACUCUGCCUCCAGAAGCAUCACUGCCUUGGUAUCUCUGAUUCUUACUACUUCAUGUCCUCACUCGCGACUCUGUGCUGAAUCCCUUGUCUCUGCCCCUGCCACACAACUCUUCUGUCCUUGAAAGGUUUCUCUUAGGGCCCACCAACCCUUCUCACAGGACCAUCCGGAGGAGCGCCGGCCCUGAGACAAUGGCAAUGCCCAGCCCGUGGCCUUGGAUAGCAUGCCUGCUUGUGACCUUCCUGUCCUUGGGAUUCAGCCUAGACACAGUGGAGGUGUGCCCCAGUCUGGACAUCCGCUCAGAGGUGGCAGAGCUUCGACGGUUGGAUAACUGCAGUGUGGUGGAGGGCCACCUGCAGAUCCUGCUCAUGUUCACGGCCACCGGGGAGGACUUCCGCGGCCUCAGCUUCCCACGCCUGACGCAGGUCACCGACUACCUGCUGCUCUUCCGAGUCUACGGCCUGGAGAGCCUGCGAGACCUCUUCCCCAACCUAGCGGUCAUCCGUGGCACCCGCCUCUUCCUGGGCUACGCGCUGGUCAUCUUCGAGAUGCCGCACCUGCGGGACGUGGGGCUGCCGGCGCUGGGGGCCGUGCUGCGGGGCGCAGUGCGAGUGGAGAAGAACCAGGAGCUGUGCCACGUCUCCACCAUCGACUGGGGCCUGCUGCAGCCCUCGCCCGGGGCAAACCACAUCGUGGGCAACAAGCCGGGCGAUGAGUGUGCCGACGUGUGCCCCGGAACGCUGGGCGCCGCCGGCGAGCCCUGUGCCAGGACCACCUUCAGCGGACACACUGACUACAGGUGCUGGACCUCCAGCCACUGCCAGAAAGUGUGUCCGUGCCCUCAUGGGCUGGCCUGCACGGUGAGAGGUGAGUGCUGCCAUGCUGAAUGCCUGGGGGGCUGCAGCCGGCCCGAAGACCCCCAUGCCUGCGUGGCCUGCCGCCACCUCUACUUCCAGGGUGCCUGCCACCAGGCCUGCCCUCCAGGUACCUACCAGCACGAGUCUUGGCGCUGUGUCACUGUGGAGCACUGUGCCAGCCUGCGCUCUGUGCCCGGCCGAGCCUCCACUUUCGGCAUCCACGGGGGCAGCUGCCUGGCCCAGUGCCCACCAGGUUUCACCCGUAAUGGCAGCAGCAUAUUCUGCCAGAAGUGUGAGGGCCUGUGCCCCAAAGAAUGCAAGGUGGGCACCAAGACCAUCGACUCUGUCCACACCGCACAAGAGCUGGCGGGCUGCACCCACGUGGAGGGGAGCCUCAUCCUCAACCUCCGCCAGGGCUACAACCUGGAGCAGGAGCUGCAGCACAGCCUGGGGCUGGUGGAGACCAUCACCGGCUUCCUCAAAAUCAAGCACUCCUUUGCACUCGUGUCUCUGGGCUUCUUCAAGAACCUCAAACUCAUUCGCGGAGACGUCAUGGUGGAUGGGAACUACACUCUGUACGUGCUGGACAACCAGAACCUGCAGCAGCUGGGCCCCUGGGUGGCCGCCGGGCUCACCAUCCCCGUGGGCAAGAUCUACUUCGCCUUCAACCCGCGUCUCUGCCUGGAGCACAUCUACCGGUUGGAGGAGGUGACGGGCACGCGGGGGCGGCAGAACAAGGCGGAGAUCAACCCCCGCACCAACGGAGACCGAGCUGCCUGCCAGACUCGCACCCUGCGCUUCGUCUCCAAUGUGACCGAGGCCGACCGCAUCCUGCUGCGCUGGGAGCGCUACGAGCCGCUGGAGGCGCGCGACCUGCUGAGCUUCAUCGUGUACUACCGCGAGUCUCCAUUCCAGAAUGCCACAGAGCACGUGGGGCCAGACGCCUGUGGGACCCAGAGUUGGAACCUGCUGGAUGUGGAGCUGCCCCUAAGCCGCACCCAGGAGCCAGGAGUGACCCUGGCCCCACUCAAGCCCUGGACACAGUACGCAGUGUUUGUGCGGGCCAUCACGCUUACCACCGCCGAGGACAGCCCCCACCAAGGAGCCCAGAGCCCCAUUGUGUACCUGCGAACACUGCCAGCAGCACCCACCGUGCCGCAGGACGUCAUCUCCACGUCCAACUCCUCCUCCCACCUGCUGGUGCGCUGGAAGCCCCCGACCCAGCGCAACGGGAACAUCACCUACUACCUGGUGCUGUGGCAGCGGCUGGCAGAGGAUGGCGACCUUUACCUCAACGACUACUGCCACCGCGGCCUGCGCCUGCCCACCAGCAACAGCGACCCCCGCUUCGACCGCGAAGACGGGGAGCUCGAGACCGAGGUGGAGCCGGGCUGCUGCCCCUGCCAGCACCCUCCUCCCGGGCAGGUCCUUCCACCGCUGGAGGCGCAAGAGGCCUCGUUCCAGAAGAAGUUUGAAAACUUCCUGCACAAUGCCAUCACCAUCCCCAAAUCCCCUUGGAAAGUGACGUCCAUUCACAAGAGUUCACCCCAAAGGGACCCCGGCAGGUACCGCCGGGCCCAGGGGACCCCUCGACUAGGAGGGAACAGCUCGGAUUUCGAGAUCCAAGAAGACAAAGUGCCCCGGGAGCGAGCGGUGCUCAGCGGCCUGCGCCACUUCACCGAAUACCGCAUCGACAUCCACGCCUGCAACCACGCGGCGCACACCGUGGGCUGCAGCGCGGCCACCUUCGUCUUUGCCCGGACCAUGCCCCACAGAGAGGCGGAUGGAAUCCCAGGGAAGGUGGUGUGGGAGGCGGCCAGCAAGAGCAGUGUCCUCCUCCGCUGGCUCGAGCCGCCCGACCCCAAUGGACUCAUCGUCAAGUACGAGAUCAAGUACCGCCGCUCUGGAGAAGAGGCCACGGUGCUGUGCGUGUCCCGCCUACGAUACGCUAAGUCUGGGGGAGUCCAUCUAGCCCUGUUGCUCCCUGGAAACUACUCCGCCAGGGUUCGAGCAACCUCGCUGGCUGGCAAUGGCUCCUGGACAGAGAGUGUCGCCUUCUACAUUCCUGGUCCAGAGGAGGAGGACUCCGGUGGACUGUAUGUCCUCCUCACGGUCACCCCAGUGGGGCUCAUGCUGCUCAUCGUCCUUGCUGCCCUCGGUUUCUUCUACGGCAAGAAGAGAAACAGCACCCUGUAUACCUCUGUGAAUCCAGAGUACUUUAGCGCCUCUAAUAUGUACAUCCCUGAUGAGUGGGAGGUGCCCCGAGAGCAGAUCUCCAUCAUCCGGGAACUGGGCCAGGGCUCUUUUGGGAUGGUGUAUGAGGGACUAGCUCGAGGACUUGAGGCUGGACAGGAGCCCACUCCUGUAGCCCUGAAGACGGUGAACGAGCUGGCCAGCCCACGGGAACGCAUUGAAUUCCUCAAGGAGGCGUCUGUUAUGAAGGCGUUCAAGUGUCACCAUGUGGUUUGUCUCCUGGGUGUGGUGUCCCAAGGCCAGCCAACUCUGGUCAUCAUGGAGUUAAUGACCCAUGGAGACCUCAAGAGCUACCUGCGAUCUCUGCGGCCUGAGGCAGAGAACAACCCGGGGCUCCCACAGCCUGCGCUGGGGGACAUGAUCCAGAUGGCUGGGGAGAUCGCAGACGGCAUGGCGUACCUUGCCGCCAACAAGUUUGUGCACCGAGACCUGGCGGCCCGCAACUGUAUGGUGUCCCAGGACUUCACCGUCAAGAUUGGGGACUUCGGGAUGACUCGGAACGUGUACGAGACCGAUUAUUACCGCAAGGGCGGGAAGGGACUGCUGCCUGUGCGUUGGAUGGCCCCAGAGUCUCUCAAAGACGGAAUCUUCACCACUCACUCGGAUGUCUGGUCCUUUGGUGUGGUGCUCUGGGAGAUCGUGACCUUGGCCGAACAGCCCUACCAGGGCCUGUCCAAUGAGCAGGUGCUCAAAUUUGUCAUGGAUGGUGGGAUCCUGGAAGAGCUGGAGGGCUGUCCCCCUCAACUGCAGGAGCUGAUGAGCCGCUGCUGGCAGCAGAACCCACGCCUGCGCCCCUCCUUCACGCACAUCCUGGACAGCAUCCAGGGGGAGCUGCGCCCCUCCUUCCGCCUCCUGUCCUUCUAUGACAGCCCGGAGUGCCAGGGGGGCCGGGUUUCCCAGCUUCCCACCAAGGCAGAGCCCGACUCCUCCCCAGCCCUAGGAAAGGUCUCCUCAAACUGCAGCCCUCCAAAUGGGAGCCUGUAGCCCUGAGGGCACCCCAUCCCAUGCUGACGGGCCUCACUCCCAUGGACAGAGAGAAAGGGACCUGACCUCCCAGUCAUGGGAUAUGCAGAUGUUCACACCUCCACCCAGCCCCCAGACUGGGCAAGGGUGGCCCCGGUGGGGCAGGAGUAGGUGACCCACGGCAGGAACGACUGUCUCAGGAGGCCGAGUUCUCAAUGAGCUAGGAAGCGGGGGUCACAACAGGGGGAGUGGGAUGGGUCUGUGGACAAAACUUCUUGGCUCUCAGAGUGACUCUGCUCAGACCAGCAAGAGCGAGGCUGUCCACCUCGAAGACAGGGUCGGAGAAAGCCAUGUUCCAUGACAGAGCUUCUCUGGCCACCCCAGCCGUGACCACGUCCUGAAAACCAGAGGAGCGGUCAGAACCAGGCCUGGAUCCAGACCUUCUCCGUCCGUGUUUGGAUGCCUGUUGUGGAGCGUGCAUCUGGUGGCUCUUCUGACCACUGACUCUCCCCUGCUCCCUGCCGCCCCCUCACCCAUGUCUUGGGAAGAACCCAGGGGCCUGGGCAAGCGGCCUCCCACCCAACAGUCAACUCCUCUUCCCCUUUGACACCCCCCAGGUGCCCCCAAGCCUGGUGCUCCCCCUUUCUUUUCUCCAGGGGCAGGUCUUGGUGCAGAGCCCCUCCUCUCCCUGCCUCUCCCCACCAUCUCCCUCCUGCCCCGGGAUUAGCUAGACAGCCAGAGUCUCCCUCCCUUUCCUCCCCCACCUCUCCUGGGAAGACCGCAGAAGGCACAAUGAAUGGUGUGGUCUCUUUGUACCCUGGUCCAGGACCUCCCAUUACCUCUUCAUCUCUAUGGUGUUAGCCUCGGAUGAAGGCCCUCCCUCGCCCUCCUCUGGGACUGGAGGUGGUGACCCUCAAGCAGUGAUACAAGAUAAGCACACUGCUGUCAAACGCCGCCUCCACGA